AUGUUCAUUUUACUAUUAUAUCUCACCACACAAGAGCAAAGAUUCGAAGAUCGCACUUAUACAAGUAGGGUUUACUAUGGAAGUGCAUUAACUGAAAGUUUUUAUUUUAAACGUUGCCAAUUCAAGGAGAUAACUACCAAUGAUCGUGCUCCAAUUUUCUUAUGGACUAAAACAGCGGAUAUAACUUUCAGACUGACCGAAUGCUUGUUUAAUAGUUGCACAGGAAAAUCUGGUGGUACUGUCAACAUUGAUAGAGGAUCACCAAACUCACAUUAUAUAAAUUGGAGAUUUGUUUGCAUAUCUAAUUGCAGAGCUACAUCUGAAAGCAACAUCUGGCAUUUCUUUCUCUAUACUCCUAUCAACAUUGAAUAUACUUCAAUUCACUCUAGUAGUGAUACCAAAAAACAAAUGACAAUGAUUACACCAAAGAGUGUAUCAUUGACUAAUAUCAAUGCUUCCUCUUUAACAUAUCCAGGUUCGACUGACCCAGGACUUGAUAAUGUCGGCAUUCUUCAAUUUAGAGAUCAUAAUGAAUUAUUAAUGCGAUGGUGGAAUAUGGAAGGCUGUUCGUCACAGACACCACUUAUAAGCUUUUAUAAUGUACCAAACCCAAUUAUUGUUAGUCACUCAAAUUUUAUUAAAAAUACAGCCCAUUGGUACGGUGUGCUUUAUGUUCAUGAUAAUGUUGAAGUUAGAUUUGAUAACAUUAUUUUUUCUGGCAACACAUAUGAAUCUAAUAUUCUUAAUUCACGCGGAAAUUCUAUAAUAGAAAACGUUUUUUAUACUGAAGACAAGACAAGACCUAUUCAAGGAAAUGUAGUUGAUGAACCAAUUAAGCUUAGUCCUGCAAGAUAUGAUCCUUUCUUAUUCUAUCACACAUAUGAUUGUAUACCUAUAAAUCCAUAUAAAGAAUCAACAGCAUAUCAAACACCUUUCAAGACAGCAUUCGAAACAGCAUACGAAACACCAUUCAAGACAGCAGAACUCACUCCUGUUGAUACACCACACAGUACAGCUCAUUCAACACCACAUGAUACACCAUUCAGUUCAGCACAUGUUACUCCUUUCAACACAGUUUUCGAAACACCUUUCAGCACCACUCAUUCAACAGCACACUCGACACCACACAGCACAGCUCAUUCGACACCACACGAUACACCAUUCAGUUCAGCACAUGGUACUCCGUUCGAAACAGCAUUUGAUACUCCACACAGCACAGCCCAUGUUACACCAUUUGAAACAGCAUUCAGUACUCCAUUCGAAACGGCAUUUGAAACACCAUAUGAGUCUCCAUAUCUCACAGAGAUGUUGACACCAUUUGAAACAGUUUUCGAGACUCCAUUCAUUACUGAAGUUUCAACUCCAUAUGAAACACCAUAUCUCACAGAGAUGUUGACACCUUACGAGACACCAUAUCUCACAGAAGCAAUGACAAAGCAAGAGACUCCAUAUGAAACACCAUAUCUCACUGAAGUUAUGACAGAACAAGAAACACCAUAUCAAACAGAAGAUUCGACUGCAUUCGAAACACCAUAUGAGACACCAUAUCUCACGGAAGCUAUGACAGAACAAGAGACACCAUUCGAAACUAUGUAUCAAACAAUCGAAGGAACCGCGUUUGAGACAGCAUAUGAAACACCAUUCCUCACUCCAGAUAUUUCAAAGGAUCCUACAUUCGCAUGCACACCAUUCGAGACUGCAUACGAAACAUAUGCCGAGACUCCUGCAAGUUCAGCUUUCGAAACACCAUACGAAUCUCCAUUCUCUACAGCAUUUGAAACAGCAUUCGAAACACCUUUCUCUACAGCUUUCGAGACCGCAUUCGAGACUCCGUUCAUCACAGAAUUCAUGACUCCAUUCGAUACAGCAUUCGAAACACCAUUCAUCACAGAGUUCUCUACACCAUUCGAUACAGCAUUCGAGACACCACAUCUCACUCCUCUCGCAUCAGCACACGGCACUCCAUUCGAGACAGCGUUUGUCACACCAUUCGAGACCGCCUCAUCGACACCAUUCGAGACCGCAUUCGGAACUCCUUUCAGUACAUCAGUCGAGACUCCUUUCGAAACAGCAUUCGAAUCACCAUAUUUGACAGCAUUCGACACACCACACUCGACACCAUUCGAGACAGCAUCAUCGACACAAUCAUCAACACCAUUCGAGACAGCAUACAUGACUAUGUCUAUGACACAAGGUGAGACAGCAUUUGAGACUCCAUACCUUACUGAACACGAGACAGCCUUUGAGACCGCAUUCAACACUCCACAUCUCACUCCAGCCAAAUCUGUAAUUCCUCCAACACCUCACGAAACACCAAUCAAUUCCCCAAUGGAAACACCAAUCUUAGCAAAGAAUGAAAAUCCUGAUGGAAUCAAUGACAGGAAUGCCCAGAAGAGCUAA